CUGAUAAGCUCUCAUCCUGUUCAGAUUCUGAAUCGCCGUUCAACUUUGGCUGGAUCGCGUGACCGCCGAGCAGCAGGAGCGGAACCCGUGCAAGAUUCAAACGAGAAUCUGGGUAGUCUGCCUAAUCUGGCCGAACUCGAGAGCAGCGGGGUUCGUCUCCGCCGAGAGGAUGCGGCUCGUCUGGCGUCACAACGUCGCCAGGAGAUGCUACGCGAUCAGGAGGAUCAAGCUCUUCUUAGGGCGAAUCCACUUCGAUACCUAUUUCAUCCUGCCUUCAAGGCGUGGCUGGUUCGCUGGAAGGUGCCGAUCUUCCUCGCAGCUGCUAACCUCACACUACUUUUUCUCUUCUACAAUCUGCUCACUUACGAUAGGAGACGUCGUUAG